AUGAAGAAACUUCUUCAAGCUCCGAAAAGCUUCUUCUUGAAUUCAACAUCUUCCAGAGUUUGCAAUGGCCAAUCCAUAACACAAUUCAAUGAAUCAUUGGUUCCAUCAUCAUCAUUACUAUCUAGAUUGAAAUCAUCAGUUUCCGUUCAACGAAAUUUUCAUUCCGAUCAAAUUUGCAAUGCUCCUACCAUCAAACCCAUCAAUGAAAAUGAAUUUUACAAAUUUUCAAGAGACUUUGCAAUAGCAUCUGCAAAAGCCUCUCAACAAAUUGAUAGCAUUUUCAGAGUGCCAAAUAAACAGAAUGAUGCCAAGAAGGAGAAUGCUAUUCGAUCGUAUAGUCAAAUGAUGCUCGGAUUGUACUUGUUUCACUGGCUUUCAACGGGUGGUGAUAAACUGAAGGAACCCUCCAUGGCAAAAGCUAUAUCAAUGCUUGAUCAAGUGUCACAAUUACAGAGUGGAACAGAACAAAAUAUUAGAGAAAGAGAAGAAAUGGCUCGAGAAUUUGCCAAUGCCUUCUCUUCGAAUGACGCUGAGAUUGAACGCUUAAAAAGCAGAGCGUCGAUGAGAGACAAAAUAUUCUGA